AUGGAGAGGAUGACGGUGCUCUUCGUGGCUUUGUUUUUGAACUUUGCAUCUACGCAGCUGGUGAAGGGGCAACAUGGAAAAGAUUGUCAAACUAAUUGUGGCAACGUGUCCAUUAUAUACCCUUUUGGCACUUCUCCAAGUUGCCACUAUUCCGAAGACCCAACUUUCAAAGUAACAUGUGACAAGAGAGAGAAGCGGUUAUCAAUCUUUGAUGGCAUUAGAAGCCUUGAAGUCAUCAACAUUUCUCGCAGCGGCGAGCUACGGGUAUGGAUGGAUAUGGUGUACACUUGCUAUAAUAACGAAGGAAAUGUGAGUGAGAAAAGUUACCGCAAUUAUACGCUGGGUAGUUUCUCUCUCUCCGAAAAAAACAAGUUAACGUUAGUAGGAUGCAACGCUUUUGCACUUGUGAGCACGUUUGGAAUGCGGGAGCACGCAACUGGAUGCUUGUCAUUAUGUAAUUCUCCAUCAGCGGAAAAUGUAGGAUGUAAAGGUGGAGGUUGCUGUACAACAGAGGUCUCUCCCCUGUUGGGGCGCUAUGAAUUCGAAAUUGACUCCGUUCGCUUGGACGGUUUUCCUUCUGUGCACGACUUUAAUCCUUGCACCUACGCCUUUCUCGCUGAGAAUGGUACUUUUAAGUUCGAUCCUCUGAGAGAUAUGAAGAACCUGGGGAACGUGACAAGGUUCCCUGUGGUCCUGGACUGGUCUGUUGGGGAAGUGAGCUGCAAUCAGGUUGGAAACGCGAGCAUCUGUAGCGGCAAUGCCACGUGUGUGGAUGCUACUCGCGGAAAAGGUUACAAUUGCCAAUGUUUACAAGGGUAUCAUGGAAACCCUUACUAUACUCCACUCGGUUGCAAAGAUAUGGAUGAGUGUAGUAUGGGUAGACAUAACUGCUCAAGGUCCAGCACUUGCGAGAACACGCUUGGAAGCUUCCGUUGUAAGUGCCCAUCUGGUCAACGCUUAGAUACCUCUAAUAUGAGCUGCAAGACUAAAGAUCCUCGAUGGCCUACGAUUCUCCUUGGAACCAUAAUCGGCUUCUUGGUCAUCCUGCUUGGCCUUCUCGGUGUGCAACAGAGACUAGAGACUGAAGAACCGGAAAUACAAGAAGCUCCGUCACAAGUUCUUUGA